UUCCACAUCCCACUUUAAAUUUCAAAAAACGGUUACCCUCUGCCAAUUCUUUUUCUAAGUUCAAACCUGAAUUACCUAAUGCCCAACUAUAAUGUCCUUUACUCUCAAAUAUUGGACCGUUGGUUCCCGCCUUAAGAAUUCCCUCUUCUGUUUCCACACACUAUCCACUACUUUCACCCACAAAUUCAAUUCCCCCACUCACCAAAACCUCCACCAACUCCUGGAGAAAUGCUCUUCCAUGAGAGAACUCAAGCUACUCCAUGCCCAAAUCAUCCUCCAUGGCUUAAGCAACGAAAACCUCACGCUCGGAAAACUAGUUUCUUUCUGUGCCCUUGCAGACACAGGUGAUAUUGAAUAUGCCCGCCUUGUGUUUGACAAAAUGCCCGAACCAAAUAAAUUUAUGUACAACAGUUUGAUAAGGGGUUACUCAAAUGGUGAUGACCCAAUAAAGGCAAUUUUGCUAUUCCGCAAGAUGAUUGGUUCGGGCCUCUCACCAAACGAGUUUACUUUUCCUUUUCUUCUAAAGGCUUGCACUCGCAGAUUGGCGUAUUGGGAAGCUGUGAUUGUUCAUGGUCAGGCCAUUAAACUAGGGAUUGGGUAUCAGGUUUGUGUGCAAAAUGCCCUUAUAAAUGUAUAUAGUGUUUGUGGGUCAAGUCAAUGCGCGCGGCAAUUGUUUGAUGAAAUUUCAGAUAGGACUUUGGUCUCGUGGAAUUUGAUGAUUGGUGGGUAUUCUAAAACGGGUUGUUGCAAGGAAGCAUUUUUGUUGUUUCGGGAGAUGAGAGAAUUAGGAGUCGAACUUGAUGAGUUCACCUUAGUUAGUUUGCUUUCAGUUUGUUCACAAGUUGGUGAUUUGGAUAUGGGAAGGUGUGUGCAUCUUUAUAUUGAGAUUACAGGAAUUAAGGUUGAUUUAAUCGUGAGAAAUGCUCUUGUAGAUAUGUAUGCUAAAUGUGGGCAUUUGCAUUCUGCCAAAAUGGUCUUUGAUCAAAUGCCUGAUAAAAAUGUGGUCUCAUGGACUUCCAUGGUUAAUGCCUAUGCUAAACAUGGGCUAACUGAAUCCGCUCAGCAAAUUUUUGAUAGCAUGCCGGUGAAAAACGUGGUUUCUUGGAAUUCAAUGAUUUCAGCUUAUGUCCGUGAAGGUAGUUGCACAGAAGCUUUAGACUUGUUCCGCAAGAUGUGUGAUUUGAGUGUGGUGCCUGAUGAGGCUACCUUAGUUAGUGUUCUUUCUGCCUGCAGCCAAAUUGGUGAUCUAGUCAUGGGAAUGGAAAUCCAGGAUUACAUGUGCAGUAACAAUUUAAUACCUAGUGUUUCUCUAUUUAACUCCCUCAUAGACAUGUAUGCAAAAUGUGGCGCCCUUAGAAUUGCCAUGGAUAUCUUUUACAAGAUGCCAGAACAGAAUCUAGUGUCCUGGAAUGUUAUGAUUGGGGCCCUGGCGCUGCAUGGAUGUGGCUCAGAAGCUAUUGAUCUCUUUGAAAACAUGCAAGCCUAUGGAGUUUGGCCUGAUGUGAUUACUUUCACAGGACUGCUUUCGGCUUGUAGUCACAGUGGUCUUGUUGACUUAGGGAGAUUUUACUUUGACAAAAUGAGUUCUGUUUACGGGCUUUCACAUGAAAUUGAGCACUAUGCUUGCAUGGUUGAUCUGCUUGGGCGAGGAGGGCUCUUAAAAGAAGCAAUUUGGCUGAUAGGAGGAAUGCCAAUGAAGCCUGAUGUUGUGGUCUGGGGUGCCUUGCUUGGUGCUUGUAGGACCUAUGGAAAUAUAGAGGUCGGGAAGCAAAUCCUAAAGCAAUUGCUGGAGAUGGAGCCAAAUGGUUCGGGCCUGUAUGUGCUUCUCUCAAACAUAUACUCUGAAGCUGAAAGAUGGGAAGAUGUGAAGAAGAUUAGGAAACUAAUGAAUUACCAUGGGAUCAAAAAGUGUAGAGCAAUUAGCUUCAUUGAAAUUGAUGGCUGUGUUAAUGAAUUUUUGGUUGAUGACAAGAGGCAUGAAAUUUCUAGUAUACACUCCAUACAUGAUCAAUUAACAGAUCAUUUGAAGUCUUCAGGAUAUUCACGCAACCUUUCAAGUGCGUAUUUGGAUGUAGAGGAAAUCUAGUGCUAUGCCCAAAUUUUUUUUGUUGUAUCAAUAAGUUAUGAGAAAGUAAAUUCAAACUCUAAGACUGACUCUCUCUCUCUCUCUCUCUCUCUCUCUAUUAAUUGUUAAAAUGU